UCUUGCUGUUGAGUUUGCUUUCUCAGCGGGUGAGCCACCUUAGGCAGCUCACAACGAAAAGGAAACUGAGAAGAGCGAAAAUUAAUCUCAUUAAUUUCCUUAUCACUUUCAGCGCGGACGAGCUGGCUAGUUACAAGGACAUGACGACUAGGGAGCAACAGCAUUACCGCCGACAGACUGUGAGUUUCAAACAAGAUGAUGAUUCUGAUGCCGAAGAGUCGAAGUCGGAUGGACGCGAACUACAGAUCAUACACAGCGGCCACUUCAUGGUGUCUUCCCUGCACAUCGAGCAUCCACCAAAAAAGGGCUACGACUUCGACACGGUCAACAAGAAGACCUGUCAAACAUACCACUUCGGAAAGGCCAGCACCUCGCACCUAUCCAUCGACGCCUCUCUUACCAAACUGUUCGAGUGCAUGACACUCGCUUACAGUGGGAAGCUGGUGUCGCCAAAAUGGAAGAACUUCAAAGGUCUGAAGCUGCUGUGGAGGGACAAGAUCCGGCUGAACAACGCUAUCUGGAGGGCCUGGUACAUGCAGUAUGUGGAGAAGAGGGAGAAUCCAGUGUGUCACUUUGUCACGCCAUUGGAUGGAUCUUUAGACAAUGAGGACCAGCGCCGUCCAGAGGCAAUAGCCAUGGAGGGGAAGUAUUGGAAAAGAGGAAUUGAAAUAGUCAGAGAGUACCACAAAUGGAGAACGUAUUUCAAAAAAAGGCUGCAGAACCACAAGAAUGAAGACCUCUCGAGCCUUCUCAAGGGGGGCGAUGAGCAGUUUUCACUAUUUGGAGAGAUCUGUCCAGACGCCCUCCAGAACAAGGAGACUGGGGCCUGGCACAGCGGGCACGUGAACCCAGAGUCGCCGGUCCCCAUGGAGAUGGACUCGCUCUUUGACAUCGAAAUGCUGAUGUCUGAAAUCUCAGACACGCUCUUCUCCACCCUGUCCUCCCACCAGCCCAUGGCCUGGCCUAACCCAAGGGAGAUUGCUCAUGCUGGGAAUGCAGACAUGAUCCAGCCAGGACUCAUCAACCUGCAGCCCAACCUGGACUUCAUGGGCACCGUUGAUCCCUUACAAGAUUUGUUCCACAGUUUUCGUCAACCAGCAUUACCCUCCACCUCCUCUUGUGCCUCAGAUACCAGUUCUCACACUCAGGCCUCUGUUCUGCCCCCUGUGAUUGAAACAGCUGAGCUGCCAUCUAUCUGUGUGACCAAUCAGAGCGGUGGAAAUCGUACCAUUACCGCCUACACAGAAGACUACAUGCCCCUUUUUUCUGGGCCUCCGGACCCCGUUCCUGCCCCUGUGACCACUGUCCCACCAGCGCCGCUGCCCCCACCUCCCGCACCCUUGCCAGGUCAGCGCUCCGCUCUGGACAAAUCCUCGCCCGCAUCCUUUGUCAUGAAACCCUCCUCCUCCAAAGCCAGGCCCAGCACAGUCGGCGCAAACGUCAGCCGGAGGUCCACCUUCACCCCUCCCAGGGUGCCUCCUAAGGCAGUGGCACAGCCCCAACCCCCCACAGCAAGUCUGCCGCCUCCUCCAGCUUUCGCUCAGCCCAAACCCAGCCAGUCUGUGGGCGUGAGCAGCAGGAUGAGACACGUACAGAGCAUUGCGCCUGCCAGCCCUCUCCCUCCACCUCCUCUCUUCUUAACAGGCCCUUUCUCUGGCCACAGCGGCACCGUGAUCAUCACGCCCAAUCCCUUACAAGAAGUGGUCCCCCCUAGCAACGUAGUCAUCACCCCUCCUGACAUCGGAAAAAUCAGUUGUGGGAAUCACAUUUCUGCUGAGCAGAAGAGACGCUUCAACAUCAACAUCGGUUUCAAAACCCUGUGUGGUUUGGUGCCCACGCUGAAGACCAAAUCCAGUUCUAAACCAAUCAGCAACGCGGCCACGCUGCAGAAGACGGUGGAGUACAUCAGCAAGCUCCAGCAGGAGAGACAUCAGAUGCAGGAGGAGGCCAGGCGUCUCCGCGAGGAGAUCGAGGAGCUCAACGCCUCCAUCAACUCCUGUCAUCAGAAGCUUCCGGCUACAGGAGUCCCGAUAACACGACAUCGCUUUGACUACAUGUGGGACAAGUUCAAUGAGUACGUGAGGAGCAGAACCCUUCAGAACUGGAAGUUCUGGAUUUUCAGCAUCAUCAUCAAGCCGUUGUUUGAGUCUUUCAACAGCAUGGUCUCCACCAGCAGUGUGGAGGAGUUACGUCAGACCACGCUACGCUGGCUGGACCGCCACUGUGCCCUGCCAGUCCUGAGGCCCAUGGUGCUGGACAGUCUUCGUCAGUUCAGCACCAGCUCCUCCAUCCUGACCGACCCUUCCCUGCUGCCAGAAGAGGCCACUCAGGCUGUCACCCGGAUUCACAAGCACACCGGCAAGUCCUAGUCCGGCAGAGAGUAAAGGAGCUUGAUAAGAAGGGGGAUGAGGCUCUGGGAGCUGGGGUCUUGAUCUUUUUCUGUGCCUACAUAUUGCUAACCUAUAACUCCAAGGUUUCCUUGAGGUUGUAUUCUCCCUUCAGAGACUCUCCUGAAGCAGUACCUCCAAGACAGCAGAGGGUGUGGUUUCUAGAAGAUGCUGGUGCAGUUGUCGGUGUCUGGGCCAAUCUGGUGCCCUUUGUGGUUCCUGGCUGGCAGCAGAUACCCAUGUGAGGUUGUCUUGUCAAUUAGAAAGGCCUAAUCACUUAAGUGAAAACACCCAAAGGGGCAAGGCCUGGACAAAAGGUUUGUGAGCUGUGUUCCUUUGGAGUUCUGCUUGAAAAAAUGUUUUGAAGAAAAAGAGAAACCACCAAACAUAAACUCCUACCAUCUGCCAGAAAGGGAAUGAAGACAAUGGUACAGUAGUAUCUAUAGCAGUUUUAUCCAGGACUACAUUUUUAUUUUUAUCCUUAUGAGAAGACUGUGGAUCACACAUCUCCUGAAUUAAACUUAGCCUCCGACAAUUCCUUUAAGACAACUGCAAUGUCUGGACUGUCUCUCCACAUCAGACUAGCAGAGCUCACGUGAUUGUGGGGUAGGCCUGUGGGUUGGCCUGCGCAUCGCCUGAACAGAUCCCUACCCUGGUAAGGUAAAAUCUGGCAAGCAGCAAGACAGAAAUUGCACUAAGUGAAGUGACCGUGCAGAAGGGUGGUUGCUUUGCAGCAGCAGGGGUGGUAUAGAGGACACUAUAAUGUAAUUUGAUUGCAAAAAUUGCAAAAAUCACGUUAGUGUGGAAGGCACAUUAGUAUGGCUCCCUUGUGCGCCUAGAGAGUGUGGGAAUAAAAUAGUACACUAACGAAGUUAUUUAUUAGGCAGUAGGUUGUACUCACCAUACACCUCAGGAAGCUCUUCUUAGGACUGCUGAAUUCCCCUGAUUAUUCCUCAAGUAUGCAGUUCAAAACUCUUUGCAAAAGGAUUAAACCCCAGCAGCCCAAAUUUGCCGUCAGUAUUCUUUUUAUUAUUGUUUUUGACCUCAUGCUCUUGUUUAUAGGGGAACCAAGUCAUCAGCGGCAAUCACGCCCUUUUUGUUGCUUGUAAUUCACAGGUUCAGACUUGCAUGCUUUUUUCCAAUGAUGAAUAGAAGGGCAGUGGCAGAAAGUUUUAUAUGAUGGUGAACCAUGUAAAAUACUGUAUGUACUUUCAGCUGAACUCUGGUGUAGAUUGAAGGUUUUCUGGAAAGAAAUUUAAAUCUAAGAAGACGACUUACUGAAGCACACCAAACACACACCAAACCAAUUACCUUCAGGAGGCAAUAACUAGUAGUAGUAUUAUGUUGAACCACCCUAAGUGCCUUUUGAGUUGUGGUUUCUGUUGAUAUUGUUGCAAUAAAAAAGCAUGCGACGUUUAGAAUGUGAGAAACAGGUUCAUGCAUACCUGUGCAUAUACCUGUGUGAUAUAUACCUCAGUUAUUUCUACCAAAAAUCAGAAAUCGGAAGCCUUAAAUGUUUUGCUAAACCUUUGGUAUGUUUUUGUUGCAUCACCUUCUGUGGUUUUCUUAGCCUGAAGUCUGAUGACUAUCCUGUAAUUCAGAAUGUCAAUGCAAAAUGCUAUUUUCAGA